UGCCAGUAUAUGCCAGUGUAGCGCCAUAGUGCCCCACAUGGCGAGUGCUCCUGUGGACUUUACGGAAGUAAAGGAGGAAGACUCUGCUUUGGAAGAGGGCACCUUGAUCGCCCAGGCGCCGCCUGUGGACGCCGGGGGCGCAUUUGAGGAUGAAGAGCAACCCAUCGUGGAAGCCGGAACGGUCAUCGCGCAGGUUCCCCCAGCGGAAGAGGAUUCAGAAAGCGAGGACGAAGAGGAGGAGCCGCCUAUCGUAGAAGGCACCCUCAUUUCGCAGGGAACUGCUGAUGCCGAAGCUGACGCUUCAGGCCAGCCUGAUGCAGAGGAGGAUCAGGAAAGAUGGAGGCAAAAACGUUGGCGAUCGCCAGACCCGACAGAUGACGUGGAUGGACGCCGAGAGCGACCACCCAGCUAUGGACGGAGAAAGGCCGUGGCCGUGCUCAAUCUUCAGAGAAGCUGGAUUAAAUCCGCUGAGGACGUGCGAUGGCAUUUGGAGCAGGAUGAUAGCGUCGCAGCCAGCUCGACGAGUCUUCUGGAUUAUCAGGAGGUUGACUUCUCCAACAACAAGAUGACCAACAUGGGGCUGUCCGAAGUGGUGAAGCUUUGCAAGAGAUGUCCUGGCUUGCGGGUGCUGAAGCUUUUUGGGAACGCCAUCGAUGAUGAAGGCGCCAUGGAGUUGGCGAGCAUCAUGCGCUACUGCAGAGUCCUGGAGCAGCUGCACUUGAGCCACAACUGGAUCACGGAGAAAGGCGUGGUGGCCCUUGUGGAGCAGGCAGUUGAACAUUUGGAGGACGCCUACCAGCAUCCGCUUUGGCUGAGGGUGGAAAAGAAUAGGUUAGCUGACGCCCCGCGGUGCGCACAGGAACUUCUAGAAAGGUAUCCAAAGAUCCUUUGCCCUCGAGAGGACAGACGUCGCUGCACAAACCGGACCUGCAUCAACCAGUGCCGAAUUCACAUUCCGUUUCUCAUUGACGAGCGCAGCGGCAAGGGCAAAGAUUGGCGAAACUGGAAGUUUGAGGAUGGCUACAGCAACAGCCGCUAUGGAGGCCACAACUCCUGGAGUUCGCAUAAGUCCUGGCGCCAGCCCUCGAGAAGCCGCACCCCGCCUUGCGCUGUCCGCCUCAGAGAGCGCGACUCACGCCGGGAACGCACGCCCAUCCAUCGUCGGGAGGUCUACUACCGGGAGAUCACCACGUAUCCGCAGCCGCAGAAGCCGCGUGCGCCGCGGGAGGCACGUGAACGACGAGAGCCCCGACGCGCGCCCACGCCACCGCAGCCGCGGCGCCGCAGAGCCUCGCCGCGCCGCGAGGUCCUCAGCCCGCCACGGGCCAGAGCCCGCUGGGAGCCGGAGCAGCCCAGGCGCAAUCGCAUUCCUGACCCACCCGUUGCAGCACGGGCGACCCGGCCAGUGCAGCCUCCUCCUAGGCCACCAGUUCGCCGCCCCCCAUCACCCCCACGGCCCAAGGCACACCAACCCACGGCUGCCCCGCAGCCGGAGGAAUCUGAGUACGACUCUUAUGACUACUACACUGAUUACAGCUCAGACGAAGCACCGCCGAUUCCGCCUGCGGGCCAUGUGGUCGUUCCACCGGUCAAAGCGCCUCAAGGCCCACUUCGUUAUGCUCGCGCGCCGCCUCUCACCAACCAUCAGCAGGCACAAGAGAUCUACCAAAGGCGCGCACCUUUUCCUCAGGCCGUGGGGCAGCGCGCUGGCAUGGAGGUCUACAACAAGCGCAGGAGAUGAGCCCUACAGCAUGCUGACUGGCAGGUUGGGCUUGGAUUGUUUUUUGGCAGUCACGGGUCAGUUUAGUAUCAAUCCUUGCAUUGGCGAGUAGGCCAAGUAAGGCGUCACGGCAGAUGCGGAAAGAACAGUUCUCCGCUGUGGAUACUCGCCUGCCAGAUUUCGCCCGGAAAUUUGCAGCCGAGCCGCUAGCCUCCGGUGGCAAGAGGCUUUGUGAAGGCUGCAAGAUUUGAGAAUAGGAUGCUUCGAGAUGCCAGUCGUUGC